UAGUACUAAUAUUGUUGGUUACAUUUCUGCAUGCACAAGUAUGUAUUUAACUAAAAUAUGCUUACAUUGGUUAGAAGAUGGAAGAUGAGUGUUUUUCAGCAGGGUGCACAAAAAGGGAAAAACCAAGACAGUGGAAGAGGUGGAGCUUUGUUUUUAAAGUCGUUUGAAUUGCAUCGUUUCUAUCAGUUGUUUUAUUAGUAAUGCUGGUCUGAAAUGUUGCUCUGAUUUAUUUAUUUGGGUGGGCGCGGAGAGAAAGCUGUAACAUUUGCCUCUUUAAGCUCUGCAGAGAAAAAACAAACCAGCGAUGGCUGACCAAAGAGAAUGGUUUACAGACAAAAGUUCCAGAGGGUGUAACUACACAUACUGUGCAGGGGAGCAUGUAAAUUUAACUGAGCUGAAAAAUGACUUCCCUUACCACGGCUACCUAAAGAAGGAAAACAUUCCCUAUUACCCCGAAUAUGUCUUCAGUGGGUCCGAAGUCUGCCAUGUAACUGACGAAAGUGGUCUGAGGGGAAUUUUCAGUGAUGAAGGAUUCAGAGCAAAUGGUAGAUUUCUGUGGUGGAGCCUUUCAGUGCCUGAUUAUUAUCUCCCUGAGGAAGCCACAUCACCUGCAUUCCAGGAUGAAUCCCGGUAUGGCAACUUCCGCUUCACCUUACCUUUAAGAGAGCUCCUGAAACUAUACAGCAAGCAAUGUUGCUACAGUACUGGUCCGGUCCUACGUGUAUUAGACACCCAGGUCUACAAGCAAGAGAUUCUUUAUUCAGUUUUGGUGCAUCCACGAUACAUGAAUCAUUACAGCAAAUACCCUCCCCUACCCUUUGAUGAUGAAUCAGUGUGUGGGUACAACCAAGGGACAUGGUUCUGGCGCUGCCAGUCUCCUUUCAAUAAAUAUUACCCUUAUAAUAGCAGAAGGCCACAAUAUUUUGUAUGGGAUCACGUAGGUGUGGCCUUCCACAUGAAGCCAGGUCAGGUACUGUAUUUAGAUCCUGAUCAGCUAGCUGACAGCUUGAGUGCGUGUCAGAUCGCUCCAAAGAAUCUUUUAAGAGAGCCAGAAAUGUCUUUCCUUGAGGCUGAGAAUAUAGUAAAGCAUUACAAAAAUGGGUAUUAGUGAUUAGAGGUAGUUGGUGUUGUUUUUAUACUUUCACAAAAGUUUUAAUAAUUUUAAGCAAUUCACCCAGACCACUUAAGGGAUUGGUAUACUUUACAAUCUGAAUGGUCAACCUUUAAAGAUUUUACUUUUAAAUAAAAGCAACUCUGAAAGUUGUGUAGGCUGCAGUUACAAAGACAAUAUAUUAAUAUUUUUUAUUAUAUUACAAUUUUUUUAUAAUACUGAUAUUUUUCAUGUGGUGGAACAUUCUGCAGGAUGUUCAUUGAACAUUUAUAGAUGGAGUCUUCAGUGUCAGAUCUUCAGUUUUAAAGUUAUGAUGGUUUAUGCGUUUACUUUCCUUAGACAAUAUUCAUUUCAUUUUCAUUUGUAUAGUGCUUUUAACAAUUGACAUUGUCGCAAAGUAGCUUUACACAAUCAAAAGAAUUAUAUAAGUAUGUAUAAGGUAAUACGAAAGAGAACAGUUUGAUCUCCUAAUAAUGUCCACUGUAUGGUUGCUUUGUUCUGUUGCUAUGUUUGUUUUUGUCCAAAUUGACCAAAAAAAGCAAUAAAAGUAAUAAAAAACUAA